AGUCGCCACGCAGCGCCACGACGACGAUUGUUGAAAAGUAUACACGUGGUCAAUAAUACCGUUUCACUUGAAGUUAGCUGAAUUUAUAUUCCAUGUAGCAGGAAGCCAGGUGGACUGCCAGGUCGGUCUCCUCUCUGCGACAGUGCCCAAAAAACUUGUGCAUUUGGACAAAACCAGUGAACGUACAUACCAUUGUAUCGAUACCUGAGACUGGAUUGAUGUCAGCGUUCAUACAACAUUAAUUCUUUCGUUCGAAUAAUUCUUUUUGAAUCAAAGCGAUAAUCGUGUGUCUGCUAUUUCGAGUUGAAAUCCGAAAUAAAAUUUAAAUUCUUAUGCAGCUAUUUUCACUAUGAUUAUUUACCACGUGCUUUUGACAGUAAAAUCUAUUUUUCAUCUGUCUGAAAUAUCGAAAAACACGUAUUUUUUCUGACCAGCUUUAAUAAUUAAAAUAUAAGUAUUUGUAUAGUGAAAUAAUAUUCGAAAAUGGAAAAUGAUAAUCCUGUUAUAUAUGGGCUCGAAUUCCAGACUAGAGCAUUGUCGGCUCAAACAGCCGAGACUGAUAUUGUAAGAUUUUUGGUAGGAACGCAAUCUUUAAAAUUCAGCAAUAAUCAAGUUCACUUAGUGGAACUUAAUGAGGAAACGGGAAACUUGAAGACACAAGUAUUCCAGCAUCCAAUAGGAGAAAUUUGGUCUUUACAAGCUUCCCCAACUGAGCCUGAUGUAUUUAUCACAUGUUACAAUAGCUUGAGUGAGGAAGGUACCUGCCAGAUGAAAGGAGCAAUCUGGAGAUUUCCUGAAAUAAAAGAGUACAAUAACGAUAUUCUGCAACUCAAUAAAUUAGCUGAUAUUGACACGACUCCAUAUGGCACUGAUCUUAAAACCAUUGCCUAUCACCCUAUGGAUAGCAAGAGAGCUGUAUCAGUAGUAGACAAUAAUUUUGUCUUGUGGGAUUUGACUGGAGGACCGCAGGCUAUGGUAUCGGGCACUCUAGCAGCCAAGAAUCAACCACGGUUUACGAAUGGUAAAUGGAAUCCUCAUAAUGGUGCUAAUCAGUUUGUAACCUUAAACGAUAACAACGUACGCGGCUGGGAUUUUAGAAGUCCAGCCGAAGCUGUUUGGUCUAUUCUAUCUGCACAUUCUCAAAUCAUCAGAGAUUUAGAUUUUAAUGCAAAUCGUCAGUAUUUUCUAUCCACCUGUGGUGACGAUGGAUAUAUGAAGUUCUGGGAUAUUCGAUAUCCUUCGGUACCAGUGCUGUCACGUAUGGAGCACUCGCAUUGGGUGUGGAACAUAAGGAUCAAUCGUUUCCACGAUCAGCUUGUUUUAACGUCUAGCAGCGAUUCCAGAGUAAUACUGUGCAGCAUUGCGUCCAUAUCAUCCGAACCGUUCGGACAUAUGGUUUCAGCUGAAGAUGAGACUUUACAAAGCGAAGAAUCUUGUGGGAAAAAAAAAUUAGAGGACGGUCUGGUAGGAAGGUACGAGGAGCACGAAGACAGUGUGUACGCAGUGGAAUGGUCAUCUGCCGAUCCCUGGACAUUUGCGUCUCUUAGUUACGAUGGUAGAUUGGUUCUGAAUAAAGUACCACGUAAAUAUAAAUAUCAGAUACUUUUAUGAAAUUGCAAAACAAAAUUGAAAAACAAAAAAGGUGGAAUAUUAUUACUCUUUUAUUAUAUGUAUUUAUAUAUUUAUAUGAAUUUAAUUUUAUAUCUUUGCAUCAUGAUAUGUAAAAUAUUAAUUAUAUACAUUACAUACAUAACAGGUAUAAAAUGGCAUAAGAUAUAAUUUUAUAAUUUUUAUUAACAAAUAUAUGUAUAUACAUGUAUAUAGGACACAAAUAAAUAUAAGAUAUAUUAGAA